CUAUACAAAUACAUUGCAGACACUGUUUCCCCCCCGCCCCCCCAUUUUGAGGAACACGCCGGUUGUAGUGAAGCAUAUACGUGAUCCGUGUGCUUUGCAGCCCGGCCGGCCACGAUCUCCCCAGGGAACCUUCAGCUGACACCCACCAACUCCACCCAUGGAUCCUCCUCAGUCUCACAAUUUAAACACUGAGGGGACGCAGACACUAACAGCGAUGACCACGAUCAACCCGCAGACUCUUGCACCUGAAUCCAAUGCCUUUGGUUACUAUCAAAAUAUGUGGAAUCACCCAAACAACUAUUUCCCUACACUUCAAGGAGGUCCAUUCUGCUAUCAGAAUGAGGGAGCGCAGACCGUGGCAACCAUGGCGAUGACGAGUACACAGCCAACUCAGCCUCUUCCCAUUCCAUACUGCACAGAGAGGCAGGAUAACCUGCAGAUGCAGUUCACUCAACCGCUGGCAGGUGACAUGGCAGCCACUCAGCUUCAAUACGCCAACUCCAUCCUUCCUCAAGGUGUGGCACAGGGCAGUGUUCCUCGAAACCAGUCCGAGCGUAGCUUGAUGAAGAACAGGGAGGCGGCUCGGGAAUAUCGUAGGAGGAGAAAGGCCUACGUACAAGGCCUGGAGGAGCGCGUGGCCAAGCUUGAAAACCAAAAUAAAGCCCUGAAGGAGGAGCUUAAAACCUGGAAGGAAAUGUGCCAGCAUAAAGUCCCUUGAUUAUGCUGACGGAGGAGGGCGUGUGUUUGGAGAUACAGUCGUCCCUCGCACUAUUGCGGUUCGAUUAUUGCUCCCUCACUAUAUCACGUUUUUUCCCCCAAAAAAUAAUGAAUAAAGUAGACUGUGGUCUAUUAUUCAAAACAUAUAGAACAAGUGAUAUGUAGUAUUCCGGUCAAAACAUUGACACUACCUUGAGUGAAAGUUCUCCUCACAUUUUGUGUGGAAGUGGUAGGCUUUUUUGGCUUAAGUUUAGAAUAAAUAUAUUUGAGACUAACAUGGUUAGCCCACUUCAAGUUCUAAACAGGUUUUCUAUGCUUUAAUGAAGAAAAUAUUCCAUUCAUUUAUAUUGAAAAGCGGAAAUUAUUUUAUCAUGGUGGGGUCUGGAACCAGUUAACCGCCAUAAACGAGGGACGACUGUACUGUAGAGUUCACUUUAUCCACCUUUUUCAAAGAAUGCUGCUAUUGGAGGAUCCCACGGAAAGAAACCGAGAGGGAGGAGCUUGCUUAAGACUUCCUUGUUAGAACAAAAUGUAAAUACAAUUAUUAUAGUGCUAGUUAUCACCGUUUUAUCCGUUUGCUUGGACAAUAGAAAGAGUGAACAUUUUGAAACAGGAACAUUCUGUGACCUUGACCAACAACUCCCAGUGCCACAGGUCUUGGGAACGCCAGCAGUGACCUUACAGAUGUUCCAGAUGUUCCUGUUCAUCAUGCAAAAUGUGCCAAUACAAGAACACAUGCACAAAAAAGUAAUUACUCUCACAUACACACACACACACACACACACACACAUAGACGAACAAGCACAGCUCGUGCAACUGCUUGCUCCCCCCUCCCUUUAGAGUUGCACGACAAUGUAUUAGGGACCUCCUAAAGAAAAUAAAUAGAGAGGAGCAUGAAUGGCAUAUUCAGAGUAGAGCUGCAUGUCACUGGGUAUGUGUCAUUCUCCUCGCUGCGAGAAACUUUGAA